GGGUUCUUCCUUUUGGUUCCGCAUAAUCCCAACUUCAGCAUCAAUGGGUCGCUCUCGAGGGAACUUCCAAAAUUUCGAAGACCCUACACAGAGAACGAGGAAAAAGAAAAAUGCAGCUAAUGUGGAAAACUUUGAGUCUACAUCUAUGGUUCCGGGUACUGAGGGAGGAGGGAAAUAUAACUGCGAUUAUUGCCAGAAAGACAUUACCGGCAAAAUUAGGAUAAAGUGUGCUGUCUGUCCGGAUUUUGAUCUCUGUGUAGAAUGUAUGUCUGUUGGAGCAGAGAUUACUCCUCACAAAUGUGAUCACCCAUACCGAGUUAUGGGAAAUCUAACUUUCCCGCUUAUUUGUCCUGACUGGAGUGCGGAUGAUGAAAUGCUUCUACUGGAGGGACUUGAAAUUUAUGGCUUGGGAAACUGGGCAGAGGUUGCAGAGCAUGUGGGAACGAAGAGUAAAGAACAGUGUCUUGAGCACUACAGAAACAUUUAUUUGAACUCGCCAUUUUUCCCACUUCCGGAUAUGUCACAUGUAGCAGGGAAGAACAGAAAAGAACUUCAAGCCAUGGCAAAAGGACGCAUUGAUGACAAGAAAGCAGAGCAGAACAUGAAAGAAGAGUACCCAUUCUCUCCUCCUAAAGUCAAAGUUGAAGACACACAAAAAGACAGGAGUUUUGGAGGGAAGAAACCUGUCGCCACCUCGGUAAACAACUCUUUGGUUGAAUUGAGUAAUUACAACCAGAAAAGAGAAGAGUUUGACCCUGAAUAUGACAAUGACGCUGAGCAACUCUUGGCUGAGAUGGAGUUCAAAGAGAACGAUACUCCUGAGGAACAUGAGCUGAAGCUGCGUGUGUUGCGUAUCUAUUCUAAAAGGCUUGAUGAGAGGAAACGUAGAAAAGAAUUCAUAAUAGAAAGAAACCUGUUGUACCCAAAUCCCUUUGAGAAGGACCUGUCUCAGGAGGAGAAAGUGCAGUGUCGACGUUUGGACGUUUUUAUGCGUUUUCAUUCAAAAGAGGAGCACGACGAGCUACUCCGUAGUGUUGUAAGCGAGUACCGCAUGGUGAAACGGCUCAAAGAUCUCAAGGAAGCACAAAUGGCAGGUUGUCGUUCGACGGCUGAAGCAGAGAGAUAUCUGGGGAGGAAGAGGAAGAGAGAAAACGAAGAAGGGAUGAACAGAGGGAAAGAGAGCGGUCAAUUUGGUCAAAUAGCAGGGGAGAUGGGCUCUAGACCUCCUGUGCAAGCAUCUUCAAGCUAUGUGAAUGAUUUGGACCUGAUUGGAUUCACGGAGUCGCAACUGCUGUCCGAAUCCGAGAAGCGUCUCUGCAGCGAGGUCAAGUUGGUUCCACCGGUUUAUCUACAGAUGCAACAAGUGAUGUCACAUGAGAUAUUCAAAGGAAAUGUAACGAAGAAGUCGGAUGCAUAUAGCCUGUUCAAGAUCGAUCCAACCAAAGUGGAUCGAGUUUAUGAUAUGCUUGUGAAGAAGGGUAUUGCUCAACUUUAAGGCUUGUGUAGUGUUGUAUCAUAUAUAUGUGUGAGCUCUAUUGAGUUAUUUGUUGACAUUCCCUUGUUUAUUACAACUUGUCAAAAUUAGUUUGUAAUAGAAAAACGAUCAAGUU